AUGAUAGUCAUUCCUCCAUUAAUUCUGAGAAAUUAGUAUGAAUGGUAGGACACCAUGAUCAUGGCUAUUCACACCUUGUUGAUGAAGUUUCCCUUCAUCUUUUUAUUAAAUAUAUUAUAUGUUGGACUUGUAUUAUAUUACAACAUUUCGCUCUACUUUAGGUAUAAACAUCAUUCUCUAUCUAGUCCAAUGAAGGAAAAAUGGGUCAAUAGAUUCAUGGGCAAAUUCUUCCCCUUCAUCUAUUAUGGCUUUGUUGUCCUCUUGGUCCGUGAUUGCAAUAAUGCCUUACCAUUCCUGUAUUGA